AUGGCGAGGAGGUCCCACAGGGUCCCAUCCAGGUGGAGGUUGAAGAUCACGGACCCCGAGAAGCAGAGGUUCGAGGUCCCCCAUGAGCACGUGGGACCUUUCAGUGGCCCCGCGGCCUCCAACCGGAAAUACCAAGUGGAGAUCCAGCAGGAGCCCUUCGGCAUCAAGGUGACCCGCGCCAGCAACGGAAAAGUUUUGUUCGACUCCACCAUCGGGCCCCUGAUCUUCUCGGAGCAGUUCCUGCAGCUCUCCAUCCGCCUCCCCAGCUCCAACGUCUACGGGGUGGGGGAGCAGGUCCACAAGCGCUUCCAGCACGACCUCAACUGGAGGACCUGGCCCAUGCUCAGCCGCGACACCGCCCCUUCCGGGAACGUGGAGAAUUUGUACGGCGUCCAGACCUUCUUCUUGUGUUUGGAAGACAAGUCUGGGGCCUCUUUUGGGGUUUUCUUGAUGAACAGCAACCCUAUGGGUAAGGACGGCGUCUCCUUAAAUAUUAACGUGGAGAAUUUGUACGGCGUCCAGACCUUCUUCUUGUGUUUGGAAGACAAGUCCGGGGCCUCUUUUGGGGUUUUCUUGAUGAACAGCAACCCUAUGG